AUGGGUGGGAAUGAAAAAUUCUAAAGAUUCAUUCAAUUUUAUAAACUGGAGGACUUUGAACCCAGAUAGAGAUACCAGACUAUUGCAGCUUAAUACUACAGAAUGAAGCUCAAGUGCUUAUCGAAUUUUUAAACCCCAGAAUUCGAAGCUCCAUCGAUUGAAGAAGGAUAAAAAAUGAUAGAUGGAGAUGAAGGAUGGGUAAUGGUAAAGACUAAAGAUGGAUAAAUAAUUAAGACUGAGGAUUUUGUGGGCGAUAUAAUGUUCCAGGAUGAUGACGAUGAUGAUUACGAUAGAUAUGUGAAGAAUCUCUCACAGAGUUAAGCUCAUUCAUAAAAGAAGAACUUCAGAGAAGAAGUCAAAGAUAUCUGGGGAAAGGCUUCUGAGUUUGGUAAAAAGCAAUCUCAAAAGCUUAAGUCAAAGAUAUAAGAUUCUAAAAACAAAGAUAAAGUUAAAGAAAAUGUUGAUGAAAAAAUAAAAGUAAAUAUUUUAAAAUAAUCAUUCCUUAAUGUCAAUUAGAAUUCAGAAGGAAAGACAGAUGGAGUAAAAAAGUUCACUAGUAAGAUCAAGCUAGGUAUCUCAAAUCUAUUUAAGAAAAAGCCCAAAAAUAUCCAAUAUGAACAUGAUGAACCUAUGCAUGAUGAAUUAGAUGCAGAUGCUAAUCCUUAUAUUAGAAGCAUAGCACGCAAUCCUGAAGUAGAGGAUAUUAAACUCUUUGAUGAUAUCAGAGACAAUGAAGAUCCAUAUUCUACUAAUAGCAAUCAAAUUGAGCAAGAGCUAAUGAAGGAGAUUAUGUUUGACAAGAGUGACCCGAGUAAUCAUAGAAAUUUAACCAAGUCAGAAAUUAUAGAAGACUCUGAAAAAUCCAAGACUAUAACCCAAUUUUUGCCUGAAUAAUUGCAAAACUAGGAUGCAUUACUUGAAAUUGAACAGGAAAAGAAUCUAGCAGAGAAAUUAAAUUUAGAAGAGGCAUCAUCUGCAAUUCAAAAUUUAGCAUUGGAAUUACAAUAUAAACAGCAAGAAUAAGAGAAUGUUUAGUAAGAUGAAGAAGAGGCCUUUGAUAUUGAUGAAGCUGAUCAAAAGAUACUCAUUGAUUUUGACGAUGUCAGAAAAAAAGAACAAGAGUAAGAAGAGGAAUUGAAGCAGUCUAAGCUAAUUGAAUCAAAUGAUUAAGUUCAAUAUCCAGUCUAGGAUGAUCCUUAUUAGUAAUGA